CCCGGUGCGAAGGUCUUUCGUCGUCUCUAUUGCGAGGACAACUGCAAUAUGCAGAGGAAAAUACAACCUGACGUGACCCGUCUUUCAUCUACUGGUAAAUCUUGCCUUGAGUGCCGACGCCGAAAGAUCAAAUGCGAUAAAGCCCUUCCUUGCUCAUACUGUGUUAAGGUCAAGGUUAGGUGCGCGUAUCCACCGAGAAAAGGUGUAUCCAGAAAUGACAGUCAAGAUCUACCCGACCAAGAGCUGGGUACUCGCGUGGAGACUAUCGAGCGGACAUUGAUUUCAUGCGAGGAAAGUUUGUCGCAAAUCUGGCAGGUCGUUCAGACUACACGGCCACAGCCACCAUAUCUAAGUAGUAAUAAGUCCAACCAUCCGGCCACAAGCGAUGUGCGCGAGCUUCAGGCGAGUCCAGCAAGACCAUAUCAGGGCAGACACCGAGACUUCGCAUGUCGAGGGUAUGCUGUGCAUACUUCGCAAUCUCUUCACCCCUCAUCAACUACAACAUUCUUUCUUUGGCAGACGUACUUAGAGAGAGUGCACCCAGUUCUCAAAAUAAUUCACGCACCAUGUGUUCAACGUCAAAUUAUUGAGUUCCUCCAAGAGGUAAUAUCCGACAGCUCGCCAAUUCACUGCUUGUUGUUUGCAAUUUAUUACACGGCUGUGGUGGCCCUAACUACCGAAGAAUGCAAGAAAGCGCUCGGCUGUGACAGACCAACUUCACUACAAAGGUAUCGAAAGUCAAUCGAGACGGCUCUUACCCAGGCAGACUACCAGAAAUCAACAGACAUAACCGUCCUACAAGCAUUUACCCUCUAUACUGUUUGCGGCAGGUUUGAUGCACAAGGACCAGACAUCAAGAGUCUGACCAGGGUUGCCAUUACAAUAGCGUUUGAAAAUGGACUGAACGAUGAGAAUUCAAACCCCAAUAUCGCACCAUUCGAAGCCGAAAUGCGACGUCGCCUUUGGUGGCAGAUCUUCAUCCUUGAUGUCCGAAUGGCAGAAGAUGACAGGUCCGAGCCGCACAUCUUGGAGUCACAGUUCCACAACAAAUUUCCAUCAAACGUUAGCGAUGCAGAUCUUAACCCUGAUAUGAGUUACAUCCCCGAAAACCAUCCCGCAAAGAGUGAGAUGUUGUUCAGUCUGGUUAGGCUUGAAGUCAGCUAUUUUACGCGACUGGUAUCUUUCUCCGAUCAAUUUACCGGAAAGAAUUCAUACCCGACCAUGUCGACCUCAGAAAAGUGCGAAGCGAUUGAUCGGUUUGAAGAGCGGAUGGAGCGAGAAUACCUUUCGCAUUGCGACACAUCUAUUCCUCUAGAUUUUGUCACUGCCGAGUCCAGUCGUUUGAUCCUUGCCAAGCUUAGGCUCACUAUGAGCAAGCCUCGAAAUAGAGAAAGCCAACAAGUGCUCAUUCAGGAUAGCUUUCGUCAAAAUUGCGUGGAGAUUCUUGAUCGAUCUAAGGCAAUGCGUCUCCAUGAACGGGGCGGUCUCUGGCGUUGGCUGUUUCAGAGCUACAUUGAAUGGGAUGUCUUGACGUAUCUAUUUAUCAGCUUAUCUCUUUCUCCGUUGGGGCACAUGGCGGACGCGGCAUUUGCGGCUGCUGAAGAUAUUUAUCAAUAUUGGAACGGGAGGAGUGACUCUCGCGGAUGUUCACGCUGGACUCGUAUAAAAGAAUUCCAUGCUCAGACUUUAGUCGCAAGGGAGAUGGCUCUAGUCAACCCUAGCUUGUUCGGCAUAUCAUCAGAUGGAACAGACCAGCUUGAAGAUUGUGAAUCGAUGGCGAUGGGAAGUCACGAAUCGAUUACAUCAACCGCCACUCAGCCUGGAGUAUCCGGUCCUAUUAUUUCAUCAGAAAUACGUGUCUCUCCACUAGUCGGACGACCAGAGUCGUCGAUGGAGCCUGAACAACGUUUCGCUCAGAUGCAUGGACACCACAAUACACAAAUAUCUGAAGAGACUUCGGAUAUUCCUAGCUCCGGUACAGCCUGUCAGUGGAGCACGACACUCUUUGAGAGGUAUUUUGAAGUCCUUGACUCGGAGCAGGAAGGGGCUAUAUCAUGGUUCUGA